CCGCGUCAACACGCGACAAAACACUCGCGCGCUCAAAGAUGGCGGAUGGGUCGCCCGAGUACCGCGCCGACCGGACACAAAUGAACGAUUUAACUUUUUCCGCGCCCGAUUCAUCACACGGUGACUUAAAAAAGUACAGUGGGCAAACUUUAGACGGCGGUAAAGUGAAGUUAUCGUUCUACAAAGAACCAGAAUCAAGUGUUUCGUGUGAGAAAAGUGCUUUGAGCGGCGUGGCCGCGGACGAUACCGCGGGACUCGUCGCUACGGAUUCCCGAAAAUCGGCUGGAAGCAGCGACGGCGACGAUAGGAAGAAACGAUGCUUCGACAGAUACGACAGCUCCGAAUCUUCUGACAGCGGUGUGGCGGUGUUGAGUCCGACGGAGAGUGGCGGCUGCAGCAGCAGCGACAUCACCGAGCCCGGCUCGCCGCGCAGCCCCGACUCUGCGGUCGAGGACAGCGCGAGCGCGCGCAUGCCGCCCUGGGCCAGCGAGCCGGCGCCGGGCCCGCGCCGCCUCGCGGCCCAACCCGUGCCCACGCGCCGCCCCGCCUCGCACCGCCGCAUCACCGAGUACUUCAACCACAAGAUGAAACCACAGAACGGUCUCAAACGGGAGGCCGAUGACAAGAAAAAGUGCCUACCCAAAAAUGGCGUCACCCACGACCUAGAAAAAUACAUCUCCUAUCUGUCCCAAACCCUCAGCCCCAAAGUAUUAUUAGACGUCGGAAAGCAAACCGACGUAAGCAGGCCGGUCUGUCAACCCACCAACGGUAGUGCCGAUACUACAAGCGGUACCGAAGCUAGGACAGGCGGCCACGUCAAAGGCGUCCUCGAGUUUUGUAUACCUAAAGACAAUGCGGAUACAGUCCAUACGACGAUGAACGGCUUUGUUGAUAUUCGACACGGAAAUGACGCCAUCAAAAGGCGCACUUCUACAACGGGACACGUAAAUGGAACUGUCAAUAGCAAAAAACCUUGUUUUGAAAUGAAAUCACCGUUAGACCCAUCCGCCAAUGGGAUUGUCACUACUAGCAACCACACGCCUUGUGGUGCUAAACGCAAAAUACCGAUACCGGCUAAUAACGAUGUAAUAGGAAUGAGGAUAUCACCAACAUGUUCGCGGCAAUCGCCAAAAAAAUUGCCUACUCCAAAAGCCGAUAAUGUACGAAUGAAUGGAGUCGUAAGCUCGACUACAAAAUUAGAUACAAGAAUGAACGGGGUGACGUUUGGGUCAAAUAAUUUGAGUUUAAAUGGAUCGUCUAAACCGUCGCAAGUUAAGAAAGAACCUGCGAAAAAGACCACAGCAUCGCAGAAAAGAACCAAUCGAAAAUCUUCCGCAUGUAUCGCAAAUAGUAAAAACUUAACGUGGUCCAAAGCAAAUAAUUUGAAACAGGUACAACUUCAAAAACAAAAUUGCCCCAAUUCAGUCCAAAGCUCUUCAACAAAAAGCAUUCCUAGUGAAGCAAAUCCUGCACCAAAGAUUAAUAUUCCAAACGGUGUCCGGCAAGUUACAAUGGCAGUAAACAACGGCUUAAACAAUUUGAACGUUCCCAACUUUCAAAAUUGUCAUCCAAUAAAUCUUCAACACCCGCAACCAUGCAAUGGUACGGUGACGUCUACAAAUUUGCCAUCGUUCGUGGCCGUACCGCAUAAUGUAAUGCUUACUUCGUUACGGAUACCUCCGAAUGGUUUACCGGCACAAAAUUUAAACCAUCAGAAUGGGAUGAAUUCUUACAAUCGACCAAACGUUAAUGUGUCAUCUAGCCCAACGAAGCUAAACGGACAAUUUCUUUUUCCGUUCAUGCAAAACAUAAACGGCACCGUCGUACAAAUACCUAAUUUAAUGGCUAAAAUGCCAAAUUUUGUUAUUCCUCAAUCUACACAACUAACGACACAUAGACAAGACCAUAUGACCAACCAGCCAAUUGUUUUCAACGGAACGAUUGUGAAACUCGGCAAUACUAUGGCCGCGGCGUAUCCUGGUGUAAACAAGUCAUCUCCUGUCACUAGCCAGUCGAUGCCAAUUAUGAAUAAAAACGUGACAGGUGUGCCAACUGUCGGAAUGACAGUUCAACCGAAAGUAAAUUACACGGUUAAUUUAAGUCAUCCUGUGUUAGUGCCACAACCCGGCUUCAUCGUUACUUCUGUGCCAAAUAUAAACGUGAAGGAAACUUGGAGUAGUUCAAGUACAAACCCGGCGACGUCCACUCAAGCCACAUGUUCCAAUCCUAUAGUACAUCACCCACCGCCGAUGGUUGCAAACUUCACAACACAAACGCUGCAUUCGAGUAGUAUACCAAUUGCGCCAGUCAAACCCCCCGACAAUCCGAUCCAAGGCACAGACCCACCUAGCAGUACAGUUAAGGAAACCGAAUUUAUAAAUGUUAAAGAACAAAAGUGUGAUAUUCCCUGGCUAUCCAAAACUGUCAAUAACAAUUUUGUUUCCCUGAAUGCAAACAAAAUAACUUCAAGGCCAUUCGCACAAGUCAGUAGUUUAUCUGAAAAGUUAGAAGAAUUAGCCCAAAAGGAAAUGGCAGGUAUAAGAUUAGAAAAUAAAAAAAUUGAAAAAAGGCCUCUAGACUUAAGAGAACUGUUAACUUUAAAGGAACAGAAAAAAGUAGAUGAAGUAGCAAAAAGGGAAGAUACUAUUUUCACACAAAUCACUGUUUUAAAAGAUGUCUCGUCAAAUGUGGAAAGUGCUGUGAUGGAAGCGAACUUUUGUUCGGCGACGACGGAGUCGUCAGAGUCGGGGAUAGGUACAGACAAAUCUUUAGAUUCGCCCAGUGACUCCCAAGCGAGUAAAGAAUGCGACGAAGACUCCUCUUUAUCCUUAAGCGUUAGUGUUUGUUCCAUGGACGUGCAGAGUAGUCAAAAGAGUCCUAUUCUGAAACAACCCAAAACACUCCGGUUCCCACCGAAGAACAGCAGUAGCAAGCCGCAUAAUGAAAAACGGAAAUCCAGUACGGACACCACGUCUUCAGUGACCGUCUGUCUGUGGACAAACUGCAAAAGAGAACUGGAAAGUGAUACAGAUCUCUUAGAACACAUACAGCGGGUGCACGUGGAGUCGCAGGCAGGGCGGGAGAACUACGUGUGCGAGUGGGAGCGCUGCAAGGUGCGCGGCAAGCCUUCCUGCUCGCGCCUCUGGUUAGAGCGACACGCGCUCUCGCACGGUGGCAACAAGCCCUUCAAGUGCAUCGUCGACGGCUGCGACCGCCGCUUCUCCACUCAGAUAUUACUGGAGCGGCAUGUGAACAACCACUUCAACGAGGCGUCACCCAACACCAGCGGUAGCAAGAAGACCACAGAAACCUCCGCUAAGCUUAUACGACGAAAUGGAAAGAAACUACGCUACAGGCGUCAGCCGUGGUCUGCGCGUAUGUUCGACUUCUUCGACGCGAGUACGAUGGAGGGUCUGGCGUGGCGGCUGUCUCGCAGCACGCGCUGGCGGCUGGGCGGCGCGUGUCCGCUGCGCGAGCCCGCCGGCGCGCACACGCUCACUUUGCACGCCGCGCUCACCGCCACGCGGUACAACGCCGCCGAGCGCCGUCGUGAAGCCCUGCUCACAUACUACCCCCCACAUGUUAUCGAGGACGAGUGGGUGCCGGAGAAGGAGGUGCGGCGGGUGAAGCGCGUGGAGAUCGCGACGUUGCCGGUGCACACCAAGGUGCUGCUGUACGAGCAGUUCUGCAACUCCUACCGCAAGAGUCCCUCCCCACCGCCAGCACCGCCCGCGCCCCCCGCGCCGCCCCCGCAGCGUCUGCUGCCCACCCGCAACUGCACCUCCUCCAGACUCCUCAACAACCUCCUCGCCAAGAAGAAGAAGGAAACACGAAACGAGUGCAGCGAGGCCAACAUCCCCAUGCUGUUCAACGAAGAAGAGAAGGAGAAGGUGGAAGUGAGCGGCGCCAAGAAGAGGAAGAUGGGCAGGAGAUACGGCGGGAACUCCUUCUGGCCCUGCGGCCGAUAACUUAGCGAUACUCACUGCCCCCGCCCCGCGCCACUCGCCCCACGCCCCA